AUGCUGUUUAAAAUGCUAUCUGCAGCUUUUGGAUUGCUGUCAAGAUCGGAAACGAACCUAUCUUAUUUUCGUUUUCGAGUGAAUAACAAAGCCGCUGCAACAACAAGAGUUGAUCGCGAUGAUUUCGGGGAUGGCAACAAGGAUCGAUUUAUUGAACUUGCGCAGGCCGCAUUGGAAGAAGCGACUUUGGAAGACGAACGAAAAGGUGUGAUUUAUGAAGUGGUGGAAGCAUUGAUUGCCAAAACGGGAGCACCGCUUGUGGCCGAAGUCAUCUCUGAACAAUUGCGUAGCCAGGAUGUGAUUGAAAAGUUGGCUGAAUCCCACGAAGAAGAAGAGGAGCAACGGAGGAGACGAUCGAAACAAAACGUCUUUGCGCCGAGCUUGUUGAAGGAGCCGCCAGAUGCCGUUGCUACCAAUCGUUUUACGGCAGCCAUUGCAAGCAGUAAUAAUAAUCGUCGAUGGCUGAUCUCUGAAUAUAUCUGGAGACUGUUUCGGAUCUUGUUGCUUGCAAGUCUAGUGGGAUUGGUCUAUCAUUUCAUGUGUGCCUAUCAUCAGAACCUCUUUUGA